AAGGACUGUUUUCAGGUUCUGGGGAACUUCAUGCAGAAGAAUCACUGAAUUACUCUAUUGUUGUGGUACACUUUGCACUGAAUGGAGAGCUGUAACUGUGCACCAGCUCUGACUGCUGCUUAUCAGAACGGGAAAAUGUGCUGUUGUGCAGGCUGUCUUCUGUUGUUUAGAAAGUUGCAUCAAGUCAGCAAAAAUAUGUUUUAGCCACUGAUUUCUUUGUAGCCAUCUGGAAAGGUGCAGCAUCAUUGUUCCUACUAGAUGUUUCUGACCGUGUACCUCAGUAACAACGAGCAGCACUUCACUGAGGUGCCAGUCACCCCCGAGACAACCUGCAGAGAUGUGGUGGAGCUGUGCAAGGAGCCUGGGGAGAGCGAGUGCCACCUGGCUGAGGUGUGGUGUGGCUCAGAACGUCCCAUAGCUGAUAAUGAACGGAUGCUGGAUAUUCUGCAGAGGUUUGGAAUGCAGAGGGGCGAGGUGCGUUUCUUUCUCCGGCAUGAACGCUCUCCCUGCCGGGAAGCAGGGACUGGACAAAGGUCACAAGAUCCAGCCUUCAAAAGAAAUGGUGUGAAAGUGCCUGGAGAUCGAAGAAUAGAGAAUGGAGUGAGUGCACCAAGGAUGGAUAUGACACUGUCUGAACUUCAGGAAAUGGCAUCACGCCAACAGCAACAAAUUGAGGCUCAGCAGCAAAUGCUGGCUAACAAGGAACAGCGCCUGAAAUUCCUGAAGCAGCAAGAUCAGCGACAGCAACAGCAAGCUGCUGAACAGGAAAAACUGAAGCGAUUAAAGGAAAUUGCUGAGAAUCAAGAAGCCAAACUUAAGAAAGUGAGAGCACUGAAAGGUCAUGUGGAGCAAAAAAGACUCAGCAAUGGGAAAUUAGUGGAGGAGAUUGAACAGAUGAACAGCCUGUUCCAGCAAAAGCAGCGCGAGCUGGUGCUGGCCGUGUCCAAAGUAGAGGAGCUCACCAGGCAACUGGAGAUGCUGAAGAACGGCCGGAUUGAUGGUUACCACGACAACCAGUCGGCUGUAGCUGAGCUCGACCGCCUCUACAAGGAGCUGCAGUUGAGGAACAAACUGAACCAGGAGCAGAAUGCCAAGCUGCAGCAACAGAGGGAGUGUUUGAACAAGCGCAACUUGGAGGUGGCAGUCAUGGAUAAGCGUGUUAAUGAGCUGCGCGAGCGUCUGUGGAAGAAAAAGGCAGCUCUGCAGCAGAAAGAGAAUGUACCAGUUUCUUCAGAUGGGAAUUUACCACAGCCAGUGGCUUCUGCUCCAAGUCGAGUGGCAGCUGUAGGUCCUUAUAUCCAGUCCUCUACUAUGCCACGUAUUGCUUCCAGACCUGAGCUUUUGGUGAAGCCAGCAUUUUCAGAUGGGACACAAGCUUUGCAGGUACCUGAUGGGCCACUGAAAACACAAACACUGCCCAAUAUGAGAGCUGGGAACAGUUCACAAGCUAAAGCUCCUGCAGGUUCUGUGGUCCCCAAUACAAAACCUUCCCCAUCUGCCCCUGACUGGAGCAGUUCAAAUACAGACAAUCAUAUUAGUCAAGGUUCAGCCUUGACUUCAGGAAAAGGAAUUGUGACAAGUGAAGGACAAGCUGAAGGAGAAACUUUUUUACGAGACAAAGAGAAGAAGGUGCGUCCGUUCUCCAUGUUUGACUCUGUGGACCAGUCUGCUGGGCUGGGCACUCUGAGGAAGAACCAGAGCAGUGAGGAUCUCCUGCGGGAAGCACAGACAACCAAUAAAAAUGUAACCAAGGUGCCACCACCUGUCCCCACUAAACCAAAACAGAUAAACUUGCCUUACUUUGGUCAAGCCAGUCAUCUGCAACCUGCUGAUACAAAGCUGGAUGGAAACCUGCAGAAGCUGCCUUUGGCUAUUGCAGCUAUGGGGAACAAGCAAAAACCAGUGGCACAGCAGCCUUCCCAUCCUUCUCAGCAGAUACAGCAAAGAAUUUCAGUGCCUCCUGCAGGUUCUUCCUCUAGCCAGGAUCAAAUUCUUCCUUCCUCCAAACAGGAGAGUCCCCCAGCAGCAGCUGUGAGACCUUUUACUCCUCAGCCAUCCAAAGAGACUUCACUGCCACCAUUUCGAAAGCCUCAAACUGUGGCUGCAAGUUCCAUUUACAGCAUGUACACCCAACAGCAGACUCCUGGGAAGAACUUCCAGCAGGCAGUACAGAGUGCUUUGACGAGGGCACAGACCAGAGGACCACACUUCCCAAGUGUGUAUGGCAAGCCCGUGAUGGCAGGAGCUGCAGUACAGAAUCAGCUGCCUCAGACGGAGAACAUCUACUCCAACCUGCAGGGCAAGCCAGGCAGUCCAGAGCCUGAGAUGGAAACAGCAGCCUCUGCUCAUGAGAACCAUGAACCAGAGCGGAUACCCCGUCCCCUGAGCCCGACCAAACUGCUGCCUUUCCUAUCCAACCCCUACCGCAACCAGAGCGAUGCCGACCUGGAGGCGCUACGGAAAAAGCUGUCCAAUGCCCCCAGGCCGCUGAAGAAACGCAGCUCUAUUACUGAGCCAGAGGGGCCUAAUGGCCCCAACAUUCAGAAGCUGUUGUAUCAGAGGACCACUCUGGCUGCAAUGGAGACUAUCUCAGCUCCAUCGCAUCCCUCCAAACAGACAGCAUCAGCUGCCAGUCCUGAGAGCCCGGUGGAAAUCCCAAAUCCUUAUCUAAGCACAGACUCAGAAAAAGAAACAGCUGCUUCCAUGCCAGAACCAGCUAUUGCUGAGGAGACAGAAAGCACAGCAGCAGAGCAGAGCGAAGCUGCUCUUCCCCCUGCACCUUUGGACACUGUACCUGAGGCUGUAUCAGACAGUGAUGAAUUCACGCAGCCCAAAGCAGAAGAACCAAACCUAGAAGCUCCACUGCCACUGGAGGUGUACAUGGAAGAGUAUCCUCCAUACCCACCACCUCCCUAUCCAUCAGGGGAACCAGAGAGUUUGGGAGAGGACUCAUUCAAUAUGAGGCCUCCUGAAGUUACUGGACAGUUUUCCUUGCCUCCUGGGAAGAGGACGAACUUGCGUAAGACUGGCUCAGAGAGGAUUGGGCAUGGAAUGAGAGUGAAAUUCAAUCCCCUGGCAUUGCUUCUGGAUUCAUCGUUGGAGGGGGAGUUUGACCUCGUGCAGAGAAUAAUUUAUGAGGUGGAAGAUCCUAGCAUGCCCAAUGAUGAAGGAAUCACCGCGCUGCACAACGCUGUGUGUGCUGGGCACACGGAAAUUGUGAAGUUCCUGGUGCAGUUUGGGGUGAACGUGAAUGCUGCAGACAGUGAUGGAUGGACCCCUUUGCACUGUGCAGCGUCCUGCAAUAACGUGCAGGUGUGCAAGUUCCUGGUGGAGUCGGGGGCGGCUGUCUUUGCCAUGACCUACAGCGACAUGCAGACGGCCGCAGACAAGUGCGAGGAGAUGGAGGAAGGCUACACGCAGUGCUCCCAGUUCUUGUAUGGAGUGCAGGAGAAGAUGGGCAUAAUGAACAAAGGAGUGAUUUAUGGACUCUGGGAUUAUGAGGCUCAGAAUGAUGACGAGCUGUCCAUGAAGGAAGGAGACUGCAUGACAAUCCUGCGCCGGGAGGAUGAGGAGGAGAUUGAGUGGUGGUGGGCACGGCUGAACGACAAGGAAGGCUACGUGCCCCGAAACCUGCUAGGGCUGUAUCCGAGGAUUAAACCUAGACAAAGAAGCUUGGCAUGAAAUAGUACAGAAGCCAGAUUCUUGAAGUACUAAUCAUGGAAAACUUGUGGGAAAAAGAGUCCAUUUUGUGUUGGUUCCAGUAUCAUGAGACUUAUUUCAAUGACAAUGUAAUUUGAAAGCUAUGAAGAAUGUGCUUUGAAAACAAAUGAAGGAUUGAUGCAUUAGCAAAUGGAUGAGGGCAUUGUACAAGAUGAAAUAAUGCUUACAAGCAAAUGAAAUUCUGCUGCCUUUGGUCGAAUCAAGCCAUUAUGUUCAAGUACCCACUUGGAUUCCUUCAAACAUGGCAGAAGAGAGUUUCACUUUUCUCUGCAUUAAAUACAAGAACCUUUUGAAUUUGCCAUUGAAGGGAUCAUCAUGAAACAGGUAACUUGGCUUUGUCCAAAUUUAUCCCAAGGCUUUUUUCCAGAUGGGAGAAAUUAAAAGUAUGUGCACAGCACCCAACUGCUUAUUGCUGGAAGCAAAAUGUUUGUUAAAAGAAGCUAAAAAACCUGCAGUGCAUCUGAAGAGUGACGACCACAUGACCAAUCCAUUAAGCAAUAACUUUAAAACAAGCUGUAGCAUCUUAGAAAUUCUAUGUAUUCAAAAUACCAUGUGCUGUAACAAAAAUGUAGUUUUAGAUUCUUCUUUUUACAAAGAGCCUCAUGUAUUUAUUGUAUUUUGUACUUUGAAGACUAAGUGUAGAACCUUUCUGUAGUCCUUGACAACUUACUUGUUUUUACUCCACUUGUUUACUCCACCAUUAAACUUUUGUCUCCUCUUAAGCUUUAACUCUGGGUAUUUUAAUGGUAAUUUUUAUUAGAAAUGUUACCAGUAAGACACACUGCUGUUCUACAUUACACUAACUUUCUGUAUUAAACUGAACCCCUCCUCCCCCCUCCAUUCCAGGUAGUUUUCCUGCAUUUAAAAUUAAGCUGAAUCUGUUAGUUGCACAUAACCUUUGUUAACCUUAAAAGCUAAGGGACAUACUUUAGAAAAAAAACCUUGGUACAAAUAUUUUCUAAAUAAAGCCUUUCCUAUAGAGCUA